UCCUGUUUCUGAUGAGUGGCUAAAACGGAGCCGGGACGUGGGGGGAGCGUCUUGGGGCAGAAGGGACCCGGGCUGUGCCAGCCCCAAAGAGGCCUGCGACGUAGCAGGGUCCCCUCCAGAGGAAGAUGCUGUCCCGCCGGGGCUGCAAACCUGAGGUCCUCAUCCUGACCGUGGUGGGGAUCGGCGGCCUCCUCUUCCUCUUCGUGACCAACGAGGGCGAGCACGUGAGGAAGGCUGUCACAAGAGUCAGCAGUACCAGCCCCUCCACCCCCACGCCCGGCGUCCCCACCACCCCGCGUCACGUCCCCGAGUGCAAGGAGAACUCCUCGGUGGCCGACAUCUCCGGCUUCGCCGACCUGCCCGGCCACAUCCAGGACUUCCUGCGCUACAAGCACUGCAAGGAAUUCCCCCAGCUGCUGGACGCCCCCGACAAGUGCGGGGGGGCCGAGGGCUCCCCGGGGGUCUUCCUCCUCCUGGCCAUCAAGUCGUCGCCCGGGAAUUACGAGCGGCGGGAGAUCAUCCGCAAGACCUGGGGGGAGGAGAGGACGUACCAAGGGGUCCGGAUCCGCAGGCUCUUCCUCUCCGGGGAGGCGGGGGAUGCGCGGGAGGCCUGGAAGCUGAACCGGCUGCUGCGGCUGGAGGCGGCGGAGCAUGGGGACGUGCUGCAGUGGGCGUUCCUUGACAGCUUCUUCAACCUGACCCUCAAGCAGGUGCUGUUCCACGGCUGGCUGGAGGCCCGCUGCCCCGGCGCCCGCUUCCUCUUCAACGGGGACGACGACGUCUUCGCCAACACGGACAACGUGGUGCAGUACCUGCUGGGCAUGCGGGGCGCCAACGACGGCGACGGGCACCUCUACGUGGGGCAGCUGAUCGCCAACGUGGGCCCCAUCCGCGAGAAGUGGAGCAAGUACUACGUGCCCGAGCAGGUCACCGCCACCAACUCCUACCCGCCCUACUGCGCGGGCGGCGGAGUGCUCAUGUCCGGCUUCACCGCCCGCACCAUCUACAAGGAGUCGCUGGGCAUCGAGCUCUUCCCCAUAGACGACGUCUACCUGGGCAUGUGCCUGCAGAAAGCCGGGCUGGCCCCGGCCUCCCACAUGGGCAUCCGGACCGUGGGCGUCAGGGUGCCCUCCUCCAAGCUGGAGUCUUUUGAUCCCUGCUACUACAAGGAGUUGCUGCUGGUGCACCGCUUCGUGCCCUACGAGAUGCUGGUGAUGUGGCGGGCCAUUCACGAGCCGGACCUGCACUGCGGGAAGAAGCUGCAAGUCUAUCAGAGUGUCUGAGCGGACCCUGGAAUCCGAGGGGAGGGGGCACCGGGGAGGGAUGUAAUGCGAGGUUGAAGGUGCUAGGGCAUCGGCGGGUGAUGCCGCCCAUCUAGGUCUUCGCUGCUGUGCCCCGAAUGCUCCAGACCCAUCACCUCUUUCUUGCUCUUGAGGCCUAUUCCAGGAAGUCCCGGCUCCAGGGGGCGGGACUUCCAGGAACGAGCCUCAGCAGGACUUACGGUUGACGCUCGGUUGGCUAGCAUGCAUGAGGUGCACAGAGAUGCUGAACGGCUCACUGGCUUCUGGUCCUGUCCCAACUGGUUUGGCCCAUUUGCCAUUCUUGGGAUAUCAGAAGCUUUUCCCACAGCUCCUCCCUUCCCCGUGGCGGCGAUAAGCAUUUCGAGCUGCUGCAGGGAUCCCUUUGGGGCGGCUACCUCCGAGAAAGCAACUGCCAGAAGGCCGCCAGACCAGCGUCUCUCUGGGGUGGAGGGGGGAAUUUCUGCCUCCUUGACUAACGGGCACAUUGCCACCUGGGUGCCCGAAUCCUGGGGCAGGAUGUCACUGGCUUGGAUGAUGCCUGGAUCUUGGCCCGGACGCUGCGUCUCUGGGGCCGAAGGUCCAAACGCAGCAGGAAAUGGGUAGGGUGUCUGGCGUGAGGAGCUUGGCUCGCAUCCCAGGCCCAGCCCCUGUUUCACCAGCGGCCCUAAGCGCAGGAGACGGGUGUCCUGCACAUCCCCACUCCAGAGCUCGGGGGCCAGAUCUGCCCUGGCGUAACCAGCUGUGGCCCCGUAAAGAGCAGAGAGAAGCGGUGUCUGCUCCCCACCCGCCCCUGCUCCUUGUGAGUCUGUUUGCCCUAUGGACUAAGCUGGCAAGGGGCGAAGGGGGAGAUGAGCCAGCUUGAAGGAUCGGAGCGUCAGCCCCCUGGGUAGUCUGGGGCAGUUGUAGGAAAACCUCAGGAGGGCAUGUGUGUGUGACUGUCCUCCGCCCCUCUCCCAGUGCCUGUCUGUGCAGAUAUUCCAGUGACGCCCGUGGACCUGUGCUCCAGGACAGAAAUCUGCCUGGGGGCUUGGACGCUGCCUCACCCAUCCAUUCGGUGGCAGGACCCCAUGCUGAGAAGCACCAGGAGACGGGCCAUACCCAGCUGGUUUCGGGGCCCACCAUCCUGUGCUGCAUCUGCGCUUGAGACUCAGGGUGUAAAACUGCAUCUCUGGUGGCCGGGGAGGGAGCAAACGGGGGCCUCGCUUCACCUCUGGCUCAGCUGUGUCCUGACUGUACUAAUAACCCCCCAACGCUGACCCCCACUCCUCCCAGGGGCAUGGUCCUAUGGCACCAAGGGCUGAUUUCCAAAGUGCUGCCCUGUCCCUGAAAAUCCAGCCUCAUGCACACUCCCAAGCCCCUUGCAGGACACGGCUGAUAGUUACUAACUGACUGGGGCCCUUUGAAUUCAGGCCUGUGGCUUGGUUCAUGUAGGAUUUGGCACGGCCAGACGGGCACGGGGGGCUGGCAGAGGCCCAACAUACGACCCUCCCCCGAUCUGCCCAAGCAGAAGGCAAACCCGAGAUCUGGAUUGCUGUUACACUCGACCCACCGGCAAUUUCUGUUGCUCAAUCAAGAAAGCUACCAGGGUGCGGCCACAGAGCCGUGCACCUCUCCAAACCUGUCCGUUGCAUCCCCCUGGCUGUGACAAACUGCUGCUCAGACUUUGUCAGUUAGUUGUGUUUUAUGAGCUCACAAGCCCAAAGUUUCCAAGCUCACUGGCCUCUUUGUUUUGUUUCAAACCAGCUCCUCAACCGUUCCACUCCCCAGCUCCACCUUGCAUUCAAAUGCUCCCCCCCGUUCUGAACCUGGCCCAUCAAUUGUUCAAUGUCACGCAGAGCGCUGAGCUGGAGUCAGGAAAUGCACAGGUUAAAUCUGCUGUGGAGAGAACACGAACACGUCCAUCCCCUCCCCAGCCUGCAGUUUAAAAAAAACAAACCACCAAAAACCAGAAGUGGCAGGAAACUGAAGAUCUGGUUCUAUUUUCAGCACAUGUUCUGUCAAGAGACCAUCUCCCCUCCCUGCUUGGGGCAGAAUUUUCCUGCCACCCCUCCCGCGAUGGUGUUUGUGGAAUCGCUCUGGACUCUGUAACCCAGAUGUGGGGGGCAAAGCCACCAGCUCACAGGCCUGGGGGUGCAAAGGGCUGAUGGGGGCGAGGGUUUGCUAGCUCUGAGGUGCGUGUGUGUGGCCUCAGGUCAGCAAAGCAUUUAGUGACGGGCUUCCGUCUCCCUCCUGCUCCAGCCAAGUCUUUCAGCUCGCGCUGGUGCCACAGCCGGGGCUGCGGCUGGGCAAUCGGUAGUUCCUCCCCAGCGGUUGGAGAAAGUUGUUUCAAUCAGCCGUGUCCUGGGCUGGAGUUGCCUGUGCUGCGUGUUGGAGCUGUGACGUGCUGCACGGUGCAUCACCUGGCUCGCUCUGUUCCCUGUGCCGUUCGGCCUUCGUACGCAGGCCCGUACCGGGAAAUGUGUGGGUCCCUGCUCCUGUCCCCUCCAGAAACUGAUUCUGCCCCUUCCCCCGGCCCGGUGGGGCCUUAACCCAAUGAAAACUGAAGCCUCCCAGUGGAGUGGGUGGGUUUUCUUUGCUCUCCCUUCCUCCCGUCCCUCCACUGAGAACUGACGCAACGUCCGGAGAAUAAAUGAGUGUUCUUUAUAACAAGUGUCCUGCAGCUUGGCUGGCGGGGGAGAGUUUCCUGGGCAUAGCUCCAGGCGAUGGGAGGGGGACGGCCUAUCAUGGAUGGCUCUGUCAUGCGUAGGGUUGUCAGGUGUCCGGAUUUCGACCCAGUCAAAAAGGGACCUGGCAGCUCCGGGCAGUGCCACCGACCAGGCCAUUAAAGUUUGGUCGGUGCCGCAGGCAGGCUUCCUACUUGGCUCCACGCGAGUCCUGGGAAGCUGCUGGCAUCUCCCUCCGGCUCCUAGGCGGAGGGAUGGCCAUGGGGGCUCUGUGCGCUGCCCCCGCCCCCACCGCCAGCUCAGCUGCUCCCAUUGGCCAGGAACUGCGGCCAAUGGGAACUGAGGGGGUGGUGUGAGAGCCACGUGUUCGCACCUCAGCACAGGAGCUG